AUGCCGCACUACACACGCCCGAAGGUUUCAAUUGGGGUGCUGGAGCUUUUAGCUGCGCAUUUUGGCAAGGGUCGCUCCUACGAGACUUGCUUCUUGACAAAAGGUCGGCGUUGGGUCCGUUCUGAAGGCGCAGCCACGCUCAGCGAAGGCAAGUAUGCGACAUCAAUACCAUUAGCAUAUGCCAUGGACUCUGAUAACGACGUCAUCUUGGCCUAUGAAAUGAACAAUAUGCGAUUGCCACCAGACCACAGUUAUCCAGUGCGUUUAACAAUCCCUGGUUUCGUCGGUGGUCGUUGUGUCAAAUGGCUCCAUAAAGUCUAUAUCUCCGACAAGGAGAAUGAUAGUCAUUACCAUAUUUGGGACAACCAGGUUCUGCCUAGCUUCAUUCGGGAUAUGGACUUGGAUUUCUCUCGCACCAUGUUCAGUCACCCCAGUACGGCCUGCAACGAACAGAAUCUUAACUCGAUCAUUGUGAAGCCUGGGCAAGGCGCGAGGAUUUGCUUGUCUGAUGUGGUCAAAAAUAAGUCUUGCCGGAUUACAGGACCCGGGAGAUUUCCAAAUCUGGAUGGCAGAUCUAUGUUCUGA